GUGGAGCGCGGUGGGAUGAAAGGCCAGAGGCGGCAUCUCCCCGCAACCCCAUCCCUCCGUGUGCGUGAGCGUCUAGGUAACUGCUGGGUAACCGGCAGUUCACGUGUUGUUUUGCUCUUCGCGGGGACGAGCAAAGUGCGAGAAGUAACUCGCUGCGUCCGUGGUGCUGAAACUGACGGAGCUUGCGCAGUAGCCUCGGGCGGACAGAGGCGAAGGAGCGCGAGCUGAGGGUAAGAGCAGACCCAGAAGAUACCAGGGACAGGUGCCGUGCGCCGCGGAAACUCGGGGCUCGCCCUCCUUGAAACACCGUCCCAUCCUGGGGGAUGGCGACCUCCCCCGCACCAGAAUCGCCCAGCAGUUCCUCGGCUGGCCCCAAUCUCAACAACAACAACAACAACCACAACCAGCAACAACAACAGGAGCAGCAGCCGCCACCGCCGGGCGUGCGCAAGUGCGGCUACCUUCGCAAGCAGAAGCAUGGCCACAAGCGCUUCUUCGUGCUUCGCGCCCCCGGUGGCGGGGCGGCAGCGGGGGAGGAGGCGGCGCCGCAGCAGCCCGCCCGACUGGAGUACUACGAGAGUGAGAAGAAGUGGCGGAGUAAGUCCACGGCUCCCAAGCGGACCAUUGCCCUCGACGCCUGCCUCAAUAUCCACAAGCGAGCCGACGCCAAGCACAAGCACCUCAUCGCCCUCUACACGCGCGACGAGUACUUCGCCUUGGCGGCUGAAAGCGAGCCAGAGCAGGAGGCCUGGUACCAAGCGAUCACGGAGCUGCUCCACGAGAGCCAGGCCGCGGCACAGGGCUCUCCUCGGCAUCCGUCCCACUUGGCCUCUUGCGAGGACUUCAGCUACGGGCAACCAAGCUGCAGGCCCCCUGCGUCCGCCGCCUACCGCGAGGUGUGGCAGGUGACGCUGAAGCCGAAGGGACUCGGGCAGAGCCGCAACCUCACGGGCGUGCACCGCCUGUGCCUGGCGGCGCGCACAGUCGGACUGGUGCGGCUCAACUGCGAUCGGCCUUGCGUGACGCUGCAGCUUAUGAACAUCCGCCGAUGCGGGCACUCGGACAGCUUUUUCUUCAUGGAGCUCGGGCGCUCGGCCUCGACAGGGCCCGGCGAGCUCUGGAUGCAAGCCGACGACUCGGUGGUGGCGCAGAACAUCCACGAGACCAUCCUGGAGGCCAUGAAGGCGCUGCGGGAGCUCGUGGAGUUCCGUCCGCGGAGCAAGAGCCAGUCCUCGUCCUCCUCGUCCGGAGGCGCCACCACAGUCGCCGUGAAUGUGGGCGGCGGGGGAUUAUCGUCUAUGUGCAGCCGGCCCAUCUCAGUUCCCGGCCGCCGCCAUCACGCCCAUCACCCGCUGGCGCCUCUGCCCCCGAGCCAGACUGGCCUCCUCCGCCGAUCGCGCACUGACAUCUUGACUGUAGCAGGGAGCAGCAGCAGCAGCAGUAGCAGUAGCAGCAGCCACGGCAGCCGGGUGCGGACGGCCAGCGAGAGUGAUGGAAUUAGGGCUGACUCGCUGUCGGGCAGCCCCCUGAGCCCCGAAACGGGGCAAAUCCCACAUAGCCUUGGAAUAAGAGGGGGCCCUAGCCCACUAGGAGGGCAAGCACCGAUCCACUCUGGUGGUUCCCUAGCUUUAGGGCAUUCUUCCCCCCUGGGACCAAAGCUGACCACUGAGCCAAACUUGGCCUCACAACGCUUAUCUAGUUGCAGUGCUUCUGCCUCUGGUUCCCCCAGUGACCUAGCUGGCUUCAUGACUUUUGAGGAAUUAGGUUCCAGUCCAGCUGGAGACCUACUGCCGUUCUCAUCUUCUUCAGCAACAAGCCAUCAUAGCAACACACCUGAGACGCCUCCUGGGUGGCAGUUGGAUGGUUACAUUGCUAUGGAGCGGGAACCCCUUCGCCACCAGCAAUAUCUUUGUGGAGAGGACAAGGUUCCCAGGAAGCGCACUUACUCUUUGACAACACCAGCACACCAAGGCUCCUUGCCUCCUCCAGUUUCCUCUGCCUCCCUUGAUGAGUAUACACUCAUGCAAGCCACCUUUUCAAGAGCGGGAUAUUCACCAAAGACAACCUAUACUCCUUAUCCCAAGGAUUAUUGUCAGGUAGACAUUGGGUGUAAUGGCAUCAGCAGUGAUAGGUCACACUUAGGUUGCACUGUGCCUAAGGAGGAUGGCUAUAUGCCCAUGAGUCCCAGCAUAUCAUCUGUUGUGUCAUUGGAGACUGAUUCUGAUGGCUAUAUGUCUAUGCACCCCACCAGUGUAUCAGCCCCACAGCAGAUUGCACAGUCUUACUCCUACAAAAUCAACAGGGAAAGUUCUCCAGAUGAUUGUGGUUACAUGCAUAUGUGGGGUACCAGAACUAGACUACCUGGACAGAGUCCAGAAGAAAGAUUGGCCAGCGAUGACUACAUCAGUAUGUCCCCUUUGCUUUUGCCCCCUUUGCAUGGACCUUCUGCUUCAGACUCACCUAUGCUCUGCACUGACCAUUUCAGUGCCCUGAGGCUUGGAAAACAGGCUGGUUACUUGGGUAGCCUAUUGCAUGCAUGCCAACAGCAGUCAGAUUCCCAUGGUGAGAGAAAGGACAGUGACCAGUACGUGCUUAUGAACUCUCCAACAGGCAGACAGAAUUACACUCCCAAAGGGAAAUUCUUUCUUGCACCAUGCAACAAUACUGCGGUGCAUUUAUCCAUGCAACACAAUCAAACUGAGACCUCUUUCAGCCAAAAGACAGGUAAUACCCAGCCCAGUCAUCCUUCUCUGGGGCUUUUUCUACCCAUCAUGAAUGAACAGACUCUUCUAAAGGAACCUCAGAAUUCCAGUGGAGAUUACGUUGAUAUUGGCUACUCACUGACGCCAACCAGUAAUGGUUUAUCUUCUCUGCUUAACCCUGGCUUAGGUGGGCAUAAUGGCUCAAGGAUUUCCAGUUAUAUGAACCUCAACUUUGAUGGUCCACAGACAAAUGCCAUCUCUCUAGGGCGCUUGGAAGAUAUACUUAUGCCAGGAUCUUGUCCUAACCCUGGGAAGCUAGACAAGCAUUAUUUAAAGGUUGGAAUGCAGAUGGCUUGUCUUUCCAGCCCGACUUCUGAAGCUGGUGACUACGCAGAGAUGAUUUUUAACACUGCCACAGCACCACCACAACCCAUCUCACACAAGCCAGAAAGUGUUUGUGUGACUGGCCCUGGACUGAAGCAACUUACCCUUCCUGAGGUGGAGGCUUUUGUCUUUGCUGGUCCUCCUUUUGAUCCCAAUCGUGGAGCCAAAGUCAUUCGUGCUGAUCCUCAGGGGCGUCGAAGGCACAGCUCAGAAACUUUCUUAUCUACUACCAUGGUGACUCCUGUUUCUCCUUCCUUUGCACACAACCCUAAGCGGCAGAAUUCAGCCUCUGUAGAAAAUGUGUCCCUCAGGAAAAAUGAAGGUUUGGGGGUAGAGGAACAGAACAGCAGCCCCAUGUGCCGGGAAACAUCAGCUGGCUUCCAGAAUGGUCUCAACUACAUCGCUGUUGAUGCAUUGGAUGGAAGUGAUCUUGCAGUUGGAGACCAAGUCGAGCAUAAAGACAGGUAUCCUCUCCAUGGAAAUAUCAACAGUACUUAUGCCAAUAUAAGUGUUCUGGCCCAGCAUCUGAAAAAAGCAUCUUUAGUGAAAGAAUGAAGAAACCAGUUUCACCCUUAUACUUGGUAAAACUGUCAUCAUUUUAGAUUUAAGCUGCUAUAAGAUCCAUUUUUCUCCCUACUUCAUGUAGCUUUCAGAACAUUUCUUCAUUAUUACUGGAGAAGAAGCAACCUGUCUCAUUUAUCAGGAUCUUUUGCAACACUAUGCCGCUGUUUGCAUAAAUUGUGCUCAGCGUGAUAUCUUUUAGGAAAUUGGACCUCGGCUGGUGGAUUGUGAUCAUUGCCUUUUCAGUACCAAUGAACUGUACUUAACUUCAGCAUGUUGAGAGGUUCUGCUUGCACAUGCUACAAACGUAAAAUUUGGUGUUUACUAGCAUAUUUUCAAACCUCUACAGCACUACCUCAGUUAAAAGUCAAACUGGAUUUGUAUUGUGGUUUAGGAUGGCUGACAUUUCCUUUCUCUCAGUGGCAUAGUACAGUUGUCAGCCUUACCGAAUCUAUCAAGGACCCUGCUACUGUCUGGCUGCUUUGUUUACUUACAUGCAAACCCCAAAUAGGACCUGAAAAACUUAAAGCCAAGAUGAAACUUGAGAGAUUAGAUUUUUAUCACUAUAUUUCUGGUAAAUAUGAGAUCUGCUACGGAAGUAGCAAAACAUGGUACCAUUAAACUGUAUUGGGAUGUCACUCUAUACCUCUGACACAUUUGUUUGAUAGUUUCUUUUAAAAGUUCUGCAGACCAGAGAUCUUUUAUCCUAUUUGUAUGCUUAUGUUUAUCAGCUAUUCUUGGUAUUAGCUUAUUUUCUUGCAACUAAAAUUUAGAAAUGAAGAUUAAUACAUGUCAAAAAGAUGGCAAACUUUUGUACAAAAUUCUACAUAUUAUUCAGUAAACCUGAAUAUUUUUCUUCAACAAGAAAUAACAAUUUUCAUUUUAAAAACACAUAUUUGGGGAGAGGGCAAAAUUUUCAGUCAGUCUCCUAAUGAUAAUUCAUAAGAACAUACAUAUUCAGUAUUUUGAAAAUAACAGUGUCAUGGCUGCUAUUUUUACAUAUCUUCAGAGCUUUGAGGGUCCUCCGCGUGUUGCUUCUGAUCCAUUUUUGAUUGAAGAGACUUUUUAAAAAUGUAUUGUUAUCAUUACUAAGAGCAACCAUAAGUUUUUCUUUGAACAUUGUCUGUGUUUAAGCAAUGAACACAAUGUCACCAGAAGCAGUACUUUCUAUCUUUACUGAACUGUUGCUCAGGAUAAUUCAAAAUUCUCCUGCUUUCAUGCUGAGCAUUGGGACAGAGGGCUCUGUAAAAUGAUGCAUCUGAAUGAAAUAUUAUCAUGUAAAAAUAAUAAGUAGCCCACAUUACUGCAGAAAUUUUUGUCUGCAAUUUCUAAUAUUCCUGAUUAAUGCCUGUGCUGGCUUAGGUUUUGGAGAUUGUGAUCCAAAAAUCUUGAAAGCAUUACAUUGUGGGGGAAUGUCAUAAAUUAAAUUAAUGAAGAUAGCUGGGUAUAAUGUCCUCAAGUACCGUAUUUUCACCCAUAUAACCCGCGGGUUAUAUGCGGUUUUUACAUGCACAGCGCCCCCCUGCGGGU